AAACAGCAAGCAAUGCAGGUGUAGAAGCACGGUGGCUAGGAAAAACUCCCUAGAAAGGCCAAAACCUAGGAAGAAACCUAGAGAGGAACCAGGCUAUGAGGGGUGGCCAGUCCUCUUCUAGCUGUGCCGGGUGGAGACUAUAACAGACCAUGGCCAAGAUGUUCAAAUGUUCAUAAAUGACCAGCAUGGUCAGCAUAAUAAUAAUCACAGUAGUUGUCGAGGGUGCAGCAAGUCAGCACCUCAGGAGUAAAUGUAAGUUGGUUUUUCAUAGCCGAUCAUUAAGAGUAUCUGUACCGCUCCUGCUAUCUCUAGAGAGUUGAAAACAGCAGGUCUUGGACAGGUAGCACGUCCGGUGAACAGGUCAGGGUUCCAUAGCCGCAGGCAGAACAGUUGAAACUGGAGCAGCAGCACGGACAGGUGGACUGGGGACAGCAUGGAGUCAUCAUGCCAGGUAGUCCUGAGGCAUGGUCCUAGAGUUCAGGUCCUCCGAGAGAGAGAAAGAGAGAAUUAGAGAGAGCAUACUUAAAUUCACACAGGACACCGGAUAAGACAGGAGAAGUACUCCAGAUAUAACAGACUGACCCUAGCCCCCCGACACAUAAACUACUGCAGCAUAAAUACUGGAGGCUGAGACAGGAGGGGUCAGGAGACACUGUGGGCCCAUCCGAUGAUACCCCCGGACAGGGUCAAACAGGCAGGCUAUAACCCCACCCACUUUGCCAAAGCACAGCCCCCACACCACUAGAGGGAUAUCUUCAACCACCAACUUGCCAUCCUGAGACAAGGUCGAGUAUAGCCCACAAAGAUCUCCGCCACGGCCCAUCCAAGGGGAGCGCCAACCCAGACAGGAAGAUCACGUCAGUGACAACCCACUCAAGUGACACACCCCUCCUAGGGACGGCAUGGAAGAGCACCAGUAAGCCAGUGACUCAGCCCCUGUAAUAGGGUUAGAGGCAGAGAAUCCCAGUGGAGAGAGGGGAACCGGCCAGGCAGAGACACCAAGGGUGGUUCGUUGCUCCAGAGCCUUUCCGUUCACCUUCACACUCCUGGGCCAGACUAUACUCAAUCAUAUGACCCACUGAAGAGAUGAGUCUUCAGUAAAGACUUAAAGGUUGAGACCGAGUCUGCGUCUCUCACAUGGGUAGGCAGACCAUUCCAUAAAAAUGGAGCUCUAGGAGAAAGCUCUGCCUCCAGCUGUUUGCUUAGAAAUUCUAGGGACAAUUAGGAGGCCUGCGUCUUGUGACUGUAGCGUACGUGUAGGUAUGUACGGCAGGACCAAAUCGGAAAGAUAGGUAGGAGCAAGCCCAUGUUAUGCUUUGUGGAUUAGCAGUAAAACCUUGAAAUCAGCCCUUGCCUUAACAGGAAGCCAGUGUAGGAAGGCUAGCACUGGAGUAAUAUGAUCAACUUCUUUGGUUCUAGUCAGGAUUCUAGCAGCCGUAUUUAGCACUAACUGAAGUUUAUUUAGUGCUUUAUCCGGGUAGCCGGAAAGUAGAGCAUUGCAGUCGUCUAACCUAGAAGUAACAAAAGCAUGGAUUCAUUUUUCUUCAUCAUUUUUGGACAGAAAGUUUCUUAUUUUUUUGCAAUGUUACGUAGAUGGAAAAACGCUGUCCUUGAAACAGUCUUGAUAUGUUCGUCAAAAGAGAGAUCAGGGUCCAGAGUAACGCCGAGGUCCUUCACAGUUUUAUUUUAGACGACUGUACAACCAUCAAGAUUAAUUGUCAGAUUCAACAGAAGAUCUCUUUGUUUCUUGGGAGGAAUGGGAGAUUCAAUAUAGGCCAAUAGUUUUUUAUAUUUCCGGGUCAAGGUUUGUUUUUUUCAAGAGAGGCUUUAUUACUGACACUUUUAGUGAGUUUGGUACACAUCCGGUGGAUAGAGAGACCUUUAUUAUGUUCAACAUAGGAGGUCCAAGCACAGGAAGCAGUUCUUUCAGUAGUUUAGUUGGAAUAGGGUCCAGUAUGCAGCUUGAAGGUUUAGAGGCCAUGAUUAUUUUCAUCAUUGUGUCAAGAGAUAUAGUACUAAAACACUUGAGCGUCUCUCCUGAUCCUAGGUCCUGGCAGAGUUGUGCAGACUCAGGACAACUGAGCUUUGGAGGAAUACGCAGAUUUAAAGAGGAGUCCGGAAUUUGCUUUCUAAUGAUCAUGAUCUUUUCUUCAAAGAAGCUCAUGAAUUUAUUACUGCUGAAGUGAAACCCAUCCUCUCUUGGGGAGUGCUGCUUUUUAGUUAGCUUUGCGACAGUAUCAAAAAGACAUUUCGGAUUGUUCUUAUUUUCCUCAAUUAAGUUGGAAAAAUAGGAUGAUUGAGCAGCAGUGAGGGCUCAUCGAUACUGCACGGUACUGUCUUUCCAAGCUAGUCGGAAGACUUCCAGUUUGGUGUGGCGCCAUUUACGUUCCAAUUUUCUGGAAGCUUACUUCAGAGCUCGGGUAUUUUCUGUGUCCCAGGGAGCUAGUUUCUUAUGACAAAUGUUUAAGGUUUUUAGGGGUGCAACUGCAUCUAGGGUAUUGUGCAAGGUUAAAUUGAGUUCUUCAGUUAGGUGGUUAACUGAUUUUUUCCUCUGACGUCCUUGGGUAGGCAGAGGGAGUCUGGAAGGGCAUCAAGGAAUCUUUGGGUUGUCUGAGAAUUUAUAGCACGAUUUUUGAUGCUCCUUGGUUGGGGUCUGAGCAGAUUAUUUGUUGCGAUUGCAAACGUAAUAAAAUGGUGGUCCGAUAUUCCAGGAUUAUGAGGAAAAACAUUAAGAUCCACAACAUUUAUUCCAUGGGACAAAACUAGGUCUAGAGUAUGACUGUGACAGUGAGUAGGUCCAGAGACAUUUUGGACAAAACCCACUGAGUCGAUGAUGGCUCCGAAAGUGAGUCUGUGGACUUUUCCAUGUGAAUAUUAAAAUCACCAAAAAUUAGAAUAUUGUCUGCCAUGACUACAAGGUCCGAUAGGAAUUCAGGGAACUCAGUGAGGAAGGCUGUAUAUGGCCCAGGAGGCCUGUAAACAGUAGCUAUAGAAAGUGAUUGAGUAGGCUGUAUAGAUUUCAUGACUAGAAGCUCAAAAGACGAAAACAUAUAUUUUUUUGUAAAUUGAAAUUUGCUAUCGUAAAUGUUAGCAACACCUCCGCCUUUGCGGGAUGCACGGGGGAUAUGGUCACUAGUGUAACCAGGAGGUGAGGCCUCAUUUAACAUAGUAAUUUCAUCAGGCUUAAGCCAUGUUUCAGUCAGGCCAAUCACAUCAAGAUUAUGAUCAGUGAUUAGUUCAUUGACUAUGGCCUCCUUUGAAGUGAGGGAUCUAAACAUUAAGUAGCCCUAUUUUGAGAUGUGAGAUAUCACAAUCUCUUUCAAUAAUGUCAAGAAUGGAGGAGCUCUUUAUUCCAGUGAGAUUGCUAAGGCGAACACCGCCAUGUUUUGUUUUGCCCAACCUAGGUCAAGACACAGACACCAUCUCAAUGGGGAUAGCUGAGCUGACUACACUGACUGUGCAAGUGGCAGACUCCACUAAACUGGCAGGCUGGCUAACAGCCUGCUGCCUGGCCUGCACCCUAUUUCAUUGUGGAGCUAGAGGAGUUAGAGCCCUGUCUAUGUUGGUAGAUAAGAUGAGAGCACCCCUCCAGUUAGGAUGGAGUCUGUCACUCCUCAACAGGUCAGGCUUGGUCCUGUUUGUGGGUGAGUCCCAGAAAGAGGGUCAAUUAUCAAAAAAAAAAAAAACCUAUAUUUUGGGAGGGACAGAAAACAGUUUUCAACCAGCGAUUGAAUUGUGAGACUCUGCUGUAGAGCUCAUCACUCACCCCAACUGGGAGGGGCCAGAGGCAAUUACUCAAUGCGGACACAUCUUUCUAGCUGAUUUACAAGCCGAAGCUUUGUUGUGCUUCGUGACCUCUGACUGUUUCAUCCUAACAUCAUUGGUGCCAACAUGGAUAACAAUAUCCCUAUAGUCUGUACACUAGCCAGCUUUAGCUUUAGCCUGCACCAUCUUCAGAUUAGCCUUAAUUUCGGUAGCGCUGCCCCCUGGUAAACAGUGUAUGAUCGCUGAAUGAUUCAUUUUAAGUCUAAUACUGCGGGUAAUGGAGUCGCCAAUGACUAGCGUUUUCAAUUUGUCAGAGCUAAUGGUGGGAGGCUUCGGCGUCUCAGACGGGAGGAGUAGAGACCAGAGAAGGCUCGGCCUCUGACUCCGACUCGCUGCUUAAUGGGGAAAACCGGUUGAAACUUUCUCUCGGCUAAAAUGAGGGACACCGGUUGAGCAUUCCUACAGAAUUUCCCUCCAGAAGCCAUGACAAAGUUGUCCGUGUGUGGGGACUGUGCGAGGGGAUUUAUACUGCUAUCUGUACUUACUGGUGGCACAGACGCUGUUUCAUCCUUUCCUACACUUACAUUACCCUUGCCUAACGAUUGCGUCUGAAGCAGGGCGUGCAGCACUUCUAUCCUCGCCAUCAGGCGAUCGUUCUCCUGUAUAUUAUGAGUACAGCGACUGCAAUUAGAAGACAUGUUAAUGUUACUACUUAGCUUCGGCUGUUGGAGGUCCUGACGAACCAUGUCCAGAUAAAGCGUCCGGAGUGAAAAUGUUGAAUGAAAAAAAAGCAAUCCCAGCUGUGUUAUAGAUGUCCCAGCUGUGCUAACUCGUGUUCUCAAAAAAGGCCUUCAAUAUUGCUUUAUACACUAGUGUUCUUUUGUAUUAUGUUUAUAAAGCAGUAUAUUUGUUUUAAUGUAAAGUAGGCCUAUUAAUUAAUUUUCACAUUUUUUGGGGUGGUCACUUUUUGGUAACAGGGUUUAUUACGCAUGCUCCGACUACUGUCGUCCUUUUCACCCGCCCCUUUAUUACAGUGCAUAGCAGAGACAGAAACCCCAGAAUCGUGGGAGAAUAUCCGAGGUUGAUGCGAUACUAUAAAGGAAGGCUGAGAAAUGUCUGGGCUGGGAGUAGUUUACCAAGCGAAUAAUAUGGCAGCAUUUGGGAUGGUGUGUGCAUUUUCAUGACCGUUUACAUUUAUUUCGUUUAAAUAAAAUGCCUCUCUACCAUUGGGCUUCAUUUUUCUAUUGUUAACGUUUUUAUGGGUUGUAGCCUCGCGCGCCUGUGCCCAGUUCCAAUAAUCUUAUUGUGGAAAUGGUGAAUCAGGAUUUAUGAAUAUCUAUUUGGCAAUUUUCGCCUUCAUGGCACCUGUUGUUAUUGUUAUGAUAACGGUAGGGGUAUCAUGUGUAAUUCACCGAAGGAGGCACAGUCGGAUUGAACGCUCACUUCUUCAAUGAUGGACGCUCUGUCUAACGUGAAGAGCAUGGAGUGCGAGCUGCAUUGCCCAGUGUGUAAGGAGAUCGUCAAGCAGCCCGUGGUCCUGCCAUGUCAGCACAGCGUCUGCCUGAUGUGUGCCUCAGAGGUCCUGGUUCAAAAUGGCUACCCUCCUCCGGAGCUGCCACCCGAGCCCAACUCUCCUGCCUCCACCCCCAACACCCGCUCUCCCCGCCAGGCACGCAGGCCCAUGCCCAGCAAGGCCGACCAUCGACCCAUCGACCGCGUGCUACGUUCAGGAUUUGGGACGUAUCCGUCGCCAGGGCGACGGCGUAAGGAACCGCCCCCCGUGAUGUUGUUUCCGUGCCCGCCCUGUGGGAGAGAGGUAGAGCUGGGAGAGAAGGGUCUGACUGACUGCCUGCGUAACCUCACCUUGGAGCGCAUUGUAGAGAGGUACAGACACACAGUGAGCCUGGGCAGUGUGGCUGUGAUGUGUCAGUUCUGCAAGCCUCCCCAGUCCCUGGAGGCCACUAAGGGCUGCGCCGACUGCCAAGCCAGCUUCUGUAACGAGUGUUUCAAGCUCUACCACCCCUGGGGGACUCCUCGCGCCCAGCAUGAACACGUCCAGCCCACCCUCAACUUCAGGCCCAAGGUUCUGUCGUGUCCGGAGCAUGACCAGGAGCGUCUGCACUUCUACUGUAGGACGUGCCAGCGGCUGCUGUGCCCGCUCUGCAAGCUGCGCCGAGUCCACGCCGGGCACAAGGUGGCGCCAGUCGCCCAGGCAUACCAGACACUCAAGGACAAGAUUACCAAGGAGAUGAACUACAUUCUGUCCAACCAGGAGACAGUGCUGGGCCAGAUCUCACAGCUGGAGAGUGCCACCACUCAGACAGAGGCGAACAGCGUAGCGGCACGGGAGCAGCUGUCUCAGAGCGUGAGAGACCUGACCGCCCUCCUCGCUGAGCGCCACGCCUCACUGUCUCAGGCCCUGGAGGGGGCACGGCAGAGGCGGGGCGAGGCGUUGGCGGGCCAGGUGGCGGAGAGGCGGAGCCUGCUAGAGCAUGCAGGCCUCAUGGCGUUCUCCCAAGAGCUGCUGAAGGAGACGGACCCGCCCUGCUUCGUCCAGGCAGCGCGCCAGACACACAGCAGGUUAUCCACGUCCAUCGAGGGGCUGCAGUGUUUCUCUCUGGCUGCUGAUCCCUCCUUCAGACACUUCCAGCUGGACGUCUCCAAAGAGCUCAAACUCCUCACAAACCUGCAGUUCAUCCAGGCCCCUCUGGCCCCUGUUAUUGACACCCAAAAGACCCUGGCCUAUGAUCAGCUCUUCCUGUGUUGGCGGCUGCCUCAGGAAUCCGCCCCCGCCUGGCACUUCUCUGUGGAGUUUCGUCGCCGGGGGGUGGUGCCAGGAGGCGGAGCCAGGGGUGGAAUCCAAGGGCGAUUGGCUGCGGCCCGCUGGGGCUGGCAGCGGCUGGAGGAGGUGGGCGGAACCAGUGCUGUGAUUGACAGGUUGGAGAUGGACAGUGUGUAUGUGUUGAGGGUGAGAGGCUGCAACAAGGCAGGCUUCGGGGAGUACAGUGAGGAGGUGUACCUACACACCCCGCCAGCACCAGUGUUAAAUUUCUACCUGGACUCUCGCUGGGGUCUCCAUGCCGACCGGCUGGUGGUGAGUAAGGAGCAGCGCUGUGCCCGGAGUGUUCCCGGCCUGUCCCUGAUGCAGGCCGCCGACAGAGCGCUCACUUCCUGUCACCUGACUGCAGACCUCCUGGUAGGCGACGUGGCCAUCACCCAGGGCAGGCACUACUGGGCAUGCUCAGUGGAGCCCGGCUCCUAUCUGGUCAAAGUGGGAGUGGGCCUAGAGGCCAAACUACAGGAGUGGUUUCACCUUCCGCAAGACAUGGCCAGUCCCCGUUAUGACCCAGACAGUGGCCAUGACAGUGGGGCAGAGGAUUCCCUGGAAUCCCCUCCCCCCUUCUCUUUCCUCACCAUGGGCAUGGGCAAGAUCUUCCUGCCCCAGGCUCCCAACCAUCAUAACAACCAUGGUUGCAAUGGCACCAACCCCCGCCGCAACCCCACCAUCGCCAACGGCAACAGCCCUGCCUCCUCGCCUACGGGCCUCACCUACCCCCUGCCUCCCAGGCUUGGGGUGUGCCUUGACUUUGAGAAGGGUCGCGUCACUUUCUACGAUGCCCACUCGCUCCGUCCUCUGUGGGAAGGGCCUGUCGAUUGCUCCGGCCCUGUUUGCCCGGCUUUCUUUUUUAUUGGCGGAGGGGCACUACAGUUACAGGAGUUGGUGGCCAAUCGGAUGGCAGACCAGACUCCAGUCAGGAGGGUCACCAUCCAAUCACAUGUCACUAAUCUGAAUAACUAGGCUGCGAUUCAAUUUGAAACCAUGGUGUAGCACGCGCUUGACAUUUUAAAGGUAAUUUCCAAUUGAGCCGACCUCUACAGCGUUUACCCUGAAUGUGAUCUCUGCAAACGCAGUAACAUUGCCUUUUAAACGGCGCAUUGAAUCUCAGCCUUAAUCUUAGGUGAUUGAUUGUAAGCUAUUUACUUGGCCAGAGCAAAAAGUUAGUAACCUCAUUUUUUUUUUUUAAAUCUCAUUUGUAUGAAAAAAAAACUAGUUUUUAUUGCAACCGAUAUGCAAAUGUAUUUAACUUUCUUACAUACUUUUUGGUUUACACACUUUAUUUUGCCAGAAAUGCUAAAUUGCUUAAGUAGGGGCUGGAAAAUGACACACACAGCAAUUAUGUAAUGUCUCCUAUCUUUGACGCUUGCUCUAUUAACCAAUUAACCACGCUAUACUGUAUAUAUUUACGGUAUAUAUGUAUAUAUGCAAGAACAUAUAUUUAUUUUAGAAAAACUGUUUCUCAGUCAUGUUCUGUCUGUGUGUUCAUCUAUGUCCAGGGUAUUCAAAUCUUACCCUACGAGGUCCGGACUACUGCUGGUUUUCCGUUUUACCUGAUAAUUAAUUGCACCUACCUGGUCUCCCAUGUGGAAAUGACUUCGAGAUCCAGAAAUUAAUGGGAGGUUCUUAGUUUUCUGAUCAUGUAACAGUCCCCCCCCUUCACUGUACUAAAACUAUUUACACAUCUACUGUACGUCUGUGUAUCUCCAAUGGAAAACAAGUCCUGACUGUUAGUGAAAUCUUCCCACUCACUCCAUCACAACCCCAACUAAAGUGAUUUAUCUGCUCUAAAUACUGUUGUCAUUGAGUAGACAGUAGAUUGAGUUAGGAGGAUAACAUGUCAUGAGGAAAUACUGAAAUUGGGAACUGAAUGAUACCUCUUCAGCUUCAGCCACCUUUAUCACUUGAUUAAUGUGUUUGUGCAUUGGUUGUUUUUCCAACGUUUAAGUGUGUGUGUGUGUGUGUGUGUGUGUGUGUGUGUGUGUAGGAAUGAGACUGCAGUUAAAAUAAUUCACGUCUGAUAAUCAUAUUGACCACCAUUUGCUGAUUAUAACUGUCUUUUAGGGAAUAUUUUGUAUUAUUUCAAAGUGUGCUUGAUUGUAAGUUAUGAACAGUACUUAUGAAUGAUAAGCUUUCUAGAAGAGUAGGUUGUUUCCAAAAUGACACCCUAUUCCAUAUAUACUACUUUUGACAAGGCCCAAAGCUUGGUCAAAUGUAGUGCACUAUUUAGGGAAUAGGGUGCCAUUUGGGACGCAGACAAAUGUAGACUUCACCUGCUGGCAGAAUGUUUGUAAAAAAUAAAUAAAAAAAACAGACAAACAAUUUACGCUAAAUAAAGACAAAUUCUGAAAAUGAGAA